AUGGAGAGCCUUCCAUUGAGUGCUAUGCCUAUAUUUGCAAAAAGCAAAGUUCAAGAAAAGUAUGUUUUUCCUCCUGAGAAAAGACUAGUUUCUAUCCAACAGGUUUUACCUAUUUGUGAUAUAAACAAGAUGUCACCUAUUGACGUGAUUAUACCUUCCUUUACACUUACCGCUGGAACAAUAAAUAUUCCAAUCAUAGAUUUUCGUGAUGAUAAGAAUUUGAUCCAUCAAAUUAUGACUGCUAGCAGAGAUUUUGGGGUAUUUCAGGUGAUAAACCAUGGAGUGUCAUUGGACUUGAUGAAUGAUGCAAUGAAUAUAUUCAAUAAGAUAUUUGAUUUGCCUUUGGAAGAAAGAUUUAAAAUAAACAAGAAAGAUGACCUAAAUCAAGUCUGCAGAUACUAUUCAAGCAGUGUCAAUUAUAAUACUGAGGAAUUUCAUUUUUGGAGGGAAAUCUUGAAGCACAAAUGUGAACCUAUGAAGGAAUGCAUGAAAUAUUGGCCUGAAAAUCCUAAACAAUAUAGGGAAAUAAUUGGAUCAUAUGUCAUAGCCUUGAAGGACAUGUCAAAGAAGAUUUUGGAGCUAAUUUCCCAAGGGCUUGGUUUAGAACAAAAAUAUUUUGAAAAUGAUCUAAGUAAAGAAAAAUUAUUGACUAUAAAUCAUUACCCAAAAUGCCCAGAUCCAAGUGUGACAAUUGGACUACCCAAACACAAAGAUCCAACCAUUCUAAAUAUACUUCAAGUAGCUCCAAUUGAAGUUCCCGGACUCCAAUUCUUGAAGGAUGGUCAAUGGUUUGGUAUUGACACUUCUCCUAAUGCAUUUUUGAUCUUUAUUGGCAAUCAACUUGAGGUAAUUAGCAAUGGAAAGCUGAAAUCAGUUGUGCAUAGAGUGAUGAAUGCCACCAAAGCUCGAACAAGUUCGGUGUUUUUCACUUCUCCAUCAUCUGAAUGCAUAAUUGAACCAGCAAAAAUUCUUGUUCAAGGAGAAACUCCACUAUAUAAGAGCUUCCAAUAUAAAGAGUAUUUGGAUAUUCAUAUUGGUAAUGAUGGGGAUAGAGAUGCUAUACUUGAAGGAUAUGGUUUUAAGAUCAAAUCUUGA